UUUUCCGCCGCCUUCGACCCGCCGUUCUCUUCCGGUCGCGCGCCUCCGACGCCUUCCCACGCGCCAUCUCGCCGAUAGGAGGUAGGCCACCGAGAAUCGGGCGGCCGACGGCCGAGAGAUCGACGGCCGCGGUGGCACGGCUCGGCAAACGACUCCGGGACGACGACGGAUCUCGCGUUUUCCUCCCCUCGACGCCGACGACCGUGGCCACGGACCAAAGGCCGCUAAAACGCUUUUCGUUUACGGAGGCGACGACGCGCGCCACCGGCGGACGUGGCGAAGCGCGCGAAAUUCGACGCGACGUCGAUGAUCGCUCGGAGCCGGAAACGAGAGGAACGACGGUACUCCUUCCCUUCUACCGGGUUUCCGGUCGAGGCCACCGCUUCGACCGACGACGUAAUUAAUCGGUCGGCCGGGACGACGGGAAAUUGCCGCGCCGUCGCUUGGGUGGAAAUUUUCCGCGAAAAUUACGCCGAAUUUUCCCGGUUCCCUUUGUUUCCCAUAGAUUAUCGUCGAUCGGCGCGCGACGGAUCCGAUCGACUCGGUCCGGUGUCGGUAGAAUCGUAUUCCCAGUCGCUAACUCCUUUCGACGGAAAACCGGAAGAAGAAUCGGGAGUCGGCCAGAGAUUGGCGGGCGACGAAACCUUGCAAGUGACAAAACGCCAAGCCAAUGGAGGAAGCGGGUCUUACGGCUUCUUAUUUCCAGGAAAAUAAAUUUAAUUAUCGAAAUGUGUCAUCACGCGCCAAUCGAGUUCUUUCCUGGAUUCCGCUUAUUACCUUUUCUGGAGCCCUUCUACAGCGAGACAGAAGGCUAAAAGAGUCGCGAUUCAAAUUGGCGUUAUUGAAAUCCUUGGUCGCGUCCGUCUGAUUACGACGGGCGAGCAAAGAACCGAGGAAAAUUUCCGCCGAAAAGAGGGUGAACGAUCCGCGCGUUAUUUUAAGACUGGAAAGAAAUGUUGGGUAAAAGUCGUGAGGGAAGCGAACGGAUCGUCUCCCACGGGGAAAAGUCGAGAAAUUUCGUGCCGUCUUCCUCGUUUCGACGUCGUUUUCUACUCCCGCUUUCUUUUCCUCCGACCGAGCGAGUGGCGAGUGGGAAUUCGAACCUCUCGUAGGAGGAGCGAAAAUUUUCGUCCUCUCCUACGAAGAACAACGGGAUUUUUGGCGGACGAAGCGUCGUUUCCGUUCGAAAAAGCGAUACGCGACGGGACUUUAUACCGAGACAAAUAGAAACGAAGAAGAGGGCCAUCGAAGUAGAGACGUGAGAAAAGUGGCGAGGGGGCGCAGCGACGAUAAUCGGCACUCGAGACGCCACGACCGAAGACACUUAAAGAAUUAAAGACGAUUGUCAGGUCGGCGCCCGACUUCCCGUCGUUUCUCCGUUGGGAAGACGUUUCCAAGGAUUUUGGGCGGGUGCCAACCCUUUACCUCUCCCGAAAAAAAAUCCGUCUACCCUCGAAUGUCGCGUAAAUUUCGUCAUUAUCGGAAUACCGUAAGUAUUCCGUCCGGCUUCUAGCGAAGCGCAAAGGGGAGGAACAGAUCGGCCUUUUCUUUCCGACACGCCAGGGGGGCUGAAAAUACGGUGCGGACCACCCGCCUCGUUCCGUAAACGACCGACUCGCGACCAAGUUCCGUUAGAAAAAAUACGGCGGAAAGAAAAAAAAGCGGAGUCGGUGCCAAAAGUUUACUUUGCAGAAAAUUAAAGGUCGUUCGCAUCCCGGAUUUGGGCGUUGCGAUAUUUGGCACACACUUUGGACAGAACGAAAGACGAAUGUUCUUUGAGUAAGAGAAAUGAAUCGUUAGAUUCUUCGACGGAUAACGGAGAUAAUAUUUUACUAAAUAUUAAAACUGUAGGUAAACCGAGAGGACCGGAAAUAUUAAGCCAUAAUGGCGUAACAAAACGCGGUAUUAAUUAGGGAAGCAAAUGCCAUAUUUUAGAACGUAAAGUAGCCACGUCGAUGGAAGAAAGUCUCGAUUUAAGACCUUUAUUCGUGGCCAAACAAUAGAAAACUAUCGCUAGUCCAACGGGAAUAUCCGAACCCCGAAGUAACGUUCGUUCCGGCAAUUCCCGCCGUCUCUCCGACUUUUACUCGCCGCGACGCGCGCGAAAACGUGGCCAACAAUUUAUUCUCCGAAACGUUCCUAUUAAGAACGUUGCAUCGAUUUCGUCUCGUAUGGUUGGAGUCGUAAAUCUGGUUUAAUGGGCCACCGACCGGCGAUUCGCUCGACUAAUUCGUCCCCCUUACCGAUAUACUUCUCCCCUCUCGGUUACGGCCCGGGACGAGUCCAUAUCUCGGCUCUGCCUUACGCUCUUUUCUUAAACGAAGCGGAAGCGGAAAUCGGUUCUUUGUACCGCGUUUUUCUUUUGUCCGAGGCUAAAAGCCAAGUCGAAAAGUUUUGGUCGUUAACUCCGCUACGUCUAUCGAUCUUCCGCGGAAGCUUUUCCCGACGUACUCUGGCGUAGCUUGGUAAUGACGUAGCUGCCGAUUGCGUAAAAAUCCCAUAAAACUCCUUUCCGGUUUCCAACUCUCGUAACGGACGAGAUAUCCGAGGUGGGAGACUUUAAACCCGGGCGACGGCCGCUCCGUUACCCCGACUUUCGGGAGCGGAGACGUUCUUUUAACCUCAAAUCAUCGGGCGCCCGCCUUUCGACCUUCGACCUUCGUUGUCUUUCGGCCGCUUCCCCCUCCGGACGGCGUCGCCGACUUUUUUCGCAUCUCGGGUCCGGGUCGCCGUUCCACGCUCUGUUUCCCGGCCGGCGGCCGCGCGUCCGGGUCGACGCCGCGUAGUUAACCCCCGGUACGGAUCGACCACCGGAUAUAUUAAGACCCGCUUAUAACGACGGGUUAAACGGGCGUUCCCGCCGACGAAAAUAGCCGGACGGGAUAAUUAUCCUAACGGCUCUCGCCUCGUUAGGAUAAUUAGUCGGUUAAGGUGUCCGCCGUUCCCCGCGGCGUUGCGGCUUCGUUUCCUUUUUAAAUCCGCAAAUUCGGUCGGGUCGAGAGUCUCCGGCGACUCCGCGUCUCGGGAUUUUCCGACGUAAACACGCGCCACGGCGGUUUGUUUACGUCGCGUGACGUAAAGGGCCGCGUUCCUACUCCCGUGGCGGAGAAAUUCGACCUUCCGCUCCUUUCUCCGUCACUUUUAAAGCGCGUUUUCAGUUAUCGGCCGUCGGAGGGCGCUACGACCGGCGGUAAUUAUUCCACAAUUAUCGUCCUUCGUCUUCGUGAGACCGAUAAAAUGGCCGAAAAUACGACCAGAGCAAAAUUCCGUUUCGCCUUUCCCCCGGACUCGGAUUAGCGCCCGCCAUUAUGCAAAUUAGUCGCUCCUUUAAAUGUAUUACCUCGUCCGAGCGCGGUUGGUAAUUCGAAUUCGGCGGGUGAUGCCCACUGACGGAAGAGCGCCAUUUUCCCAUCGGCCUUCGGAUGCCAUGGUGACGUCGAGAGCGGAGACGGAAUCGGGCGCCGCGUCGGAGGCGGCGCGGCGCUCUCCAGACGAAGAAGAGUCCGAAGAAAAAAUGGAGGAAGAGGGGGCCGGGAAGAUGGCCGCGCCCUUAAAAUCCUCUCUGAAGAGGAGCGGAGCGGAAAGGAACUACAAAUGCGUCACUUUCAGUAGCACCGCCAUCGUUUACGCGGACGACGCGCCGCUGGGCAGGGAGGAGCCCGUCAAGGGCACCGAGACGCUUUUCGCCUUCGACCCUCCCCUCGAAUACCGGGACUCGGAAGAAGAGUUCGACGACGGAGACUGGGACUGCGAUUGGUUCCCCGUCGUCUCUGUCAAUCGGCGGACCACGGACGACGAAGAUGACGACGACGACGACGACGAUUGGGACGUGCUGCAACCGCGCGACGACGACCGAGAAGAAGAAGCGGACGAAGAGGAAGAUGAGGAGGAGGAGGAGGAGGCGGACAGCGACGACUCGCGCGACACUAUCGUUUUGACCAGGACUGUCCAACAAGAAGAGAUUCGAUGCGAAAGAGACGCGUCCGAGGACGAUGGCCGGGCGCCUCUCCCGACGCGCCGUGCCGAGCCGGACCGAGACUCCGACGUUUCCGUCCAGGAAGAUGCGGAAGAACCGGAAGAGAACCGAGAGGAAGAAGAGGAGACGAUCGCUCGAUCUCGGGAGGAGCGAGAACCGGAAGAGCCCCGCAGCAGGACUUCGGAUAUCCGCAGGCGGAUGGAAGAAUCCUCUUACUGCCGAACGACGCUGGAGGCGACGGAAGUGAAGAGACGAGCGACUUCCGGUCGUCCCGGGCGGAGAGCCUCCAGCACCGAAUGUCUGUCGGAAAAGUUGAGGUGGUUGGUGCGUCCGGAAACUCUUUGGGACGGAGAGGUGACGGUCCCGGGCGACGUGCGGGAGUGGAAAAUAGAGACUUCGCGUUCGGACGAACUGGAGCGCUUCGUGGAACAAUAUUUGGGCAGGAUCGAGAGGAUCAGGAAGAGGUACAGCCUGACCGAUCCGGGUUUGGAGAGGAAUCCUUCGGUGCGCGGCAUCAGACCCCGCUUCGGGUCCACCUUCGAGAUCCUGCGUCGACUGCAGUCUCAGAUCCGUCCCCCGGCUUCGGUCGAGGGUCAUCCCACUUGGCCCCCGCGCGCGGCAGAUAGGCGCGCCGAGGCGGACGGCAGGGAGGGACCGGAGGAGGAGAGGGGCGUUCCGGAAGGGGCCAGCUCUUCUCCGCCCGCCUCCUCCGAGUCCUUCGGAGACCGAGGAUUUAUCUAUUAUUCUCUGAACGUCUGACGUCCUUCGGCUCUGUCUCCCGCGGCCGUCGUAAUAUUGUAAAUACUUUCGGGUCGGACGGCGCUGCCAAAUAAUAUUUUUAUAGCGAAACUCGCGCAGCGCUAAACGGAGACCGCCAACCCCGGCGAUCCUCGUCUGUCCUCGUCCUAUUAAGCCAAAGACGGAAAGGGUCCGAGUGGACGUAAUUCGGUCUCCGCGCCUUCUCUCGCCCGUUUCCGACCGGAAAUUGAAGGCGGAGAUGGGGUGGCCGAAGGGGGCGGAUCCGGCGGUGAAAAGAAACGCCACGUUUCUUUGGCUUCUGUCGAAGCGCAACUGCCAGAACGCGUCGCUCCGUCCCGUUCCCGGAGGCGACGGAGAAUCCCUCCUUUCCCAUUGUAUAAUUGUUUUAUAGAGAAUUGUUUAGACGCGAAUAAAGUCUUAUUUAUUUUA